AUGGAGCCUCGCGCGCUUCACGUACACCGUCUCUCCCGGCGGAGGAACCAAUCAGCUGCCGAGCUGAGCAGUGAGCUCGGAAGCGGUUGUCGGCCGCUCCCGGAGCGAGGGGAUCAGUGGCGCAGCGGGAGGCCGAGGCCGGCGGGGAUGGUUGGCCGGGAGAAGGAGCUCAAGAUCCGCUUCGUGCCGGGGCAAUGCGAGCUGGUGGAGGAAGAUGUUGAUAUUCCCAGUAGACGUGUUCUGAUUACAGGAGCUACUGGACUUCUUGGGAGAGCCGUGUACAAAGAAUUUAAUGAAAACAGUUGGCAUGCAGUUGGCUGUGGAUACAGUAGAGCUCGACCCAGAUUUGAACGGGUUAAUCUUCUGAAUUCCGUUGAGGUUCAUGACAUUAUCCAGGAUUUUCAGCCUCAUGUUAUAGUGCAUUGUGCUGCUGAGAGAAGACCAGAUGUUGUAGAAAGUCAAGCAGAUGCUGUUUCUCAGCUCAAUGUGACUGCUUCAGGAAACUUAGCAAAAGAAGCAGCUGGAGUUGGAGCAUUUCUGAUCUACAUUAGUACAGACUAUGUGUUUGAUGGAACAAAUCCUCCUUAUAAAGAGAAUGAUGUACCAAAUCCCCUAAAUCUUUAUGGUAAAACUAAAUUAGAAGGAGAAAAGGCAGUCCUUGAAAAUAAUGAAGGUGCUGCAGUGCUCAGAAUUCCUAUCUUAUAUGGGGAAGUAGAAAAUCUGGAAGAGAGUGCUGUGACUGUUAUGUUUGAUAAAGUGCAGUUCAGUAACAAAUCAGCCAAUAUGGACCAUUGGCAACAGAGGUUUCCCACCAACAUCAAUGAUGUGGCCAGUGUUUGCCGGCAGCUAUCAGAGAAGAGAAUGUUGGAUCCAUCAAUAAAAGGAACAUUCCACUGGUCUGGUAAUGAACAGAUGACCAAGUAUGAAAUGGCCUGUGCUAUAGCAGAUGCUUUCAACCUUCCCAGCAGCCACUUGAGACCAAUUACUGAUAGCCCAGUAGUGGGUGCUCUUCGUCCGAGGAAUGCUCAGCUUGACUGCUCCAAGCUAGAGAUGCUGGGAAUAGGACAACGAACACCGUUUCAAGUUGGGAUCAGAGAAUCACUUUGGCCUUUCCUUGUUGACAAGAGAUGGAGACAGACUGUCUUCCAUUAAUUUGUAAACUUUUUAAUGAAAGUAUGGUAUGUGGCACUUUUUUUUAAAAAAAAAAAGAAAAAAAUAGUUUUGUAUGAGUGUUCUUAAAAAUUGUGACACUUAUGAGCUUUCAUCGAAUCAGGUAAAAAUAUGGUCUUGCACUAGUGAAAUUGUUAGCCUAAAAAGCUCAGUGGCAAAAAAUGAACCUUGUUUAAAGUGUUUUGUUUUUCCUUCUAUUUGUAAUAGUCUAACCGAAUAUCUGAUCAUAGUGAAUUAUGGUUCUUAGUCUUCAGUAACAUUUGAUGCUAAGUGUGAAACAGGCCAGCUGGAGACUUCCUGUUGGCUGGAAUAUACUGUUGAUGCUUAGGGUCUUUGCUAUAUGUACAGUAUCUCCUUUGAAGGACCUGGCCAGUUUCUUUAUCACCAAAAAAGAUUCCACUUUUUUUUUUUUAAUUUUAAAGUUAUUGUACUAAUGUGGGUUAAAGCAAGAAUCAUUGAAGUUUAAUGUUCAUUUGCUUUGAGCUUGGAUCAAAAUGUUUAAAAGAAUGUGAAACUUUAUUUUUGCAAUUACUGAGUGUAGUUUUUAUGCUUGAGAUAUAUUUUCAUAAUGUUACAUAUCUUGGAACUCCUGCAGCUUCAUAUAUUUGUUCAUUGUAUGCAUUUGUCUCUUUUUAAAGGUGACCUGCCAAGUGUAGGGAGGAGAAGAGGGGAGGGAAAUGGGCUUGGGCCCUCCUUUGCUUUGUGUAAAGGCUUGAAGUGUAUAUUCGUUUUCCUGUUCAUUUGUUAUACUAGAAACUCAGAUCCUAUGUAGGCGGGAACACUGUGUGAUAGGCGAAGUAGUAAAACAAGGGCAUCAAAAAGAGUAAAAGUGAAAGCUGCACAAUUGAAGGGAAGAAAGUCAAGAACUUGACUACAACAAUGUAGUUUCCCCUGUGAUAACUCCUGAUAUAGGCACAUACACUGAUGCAGAAAGUGUCUUACAGGUGUAAUGCCUACAUUAAGGGUUUGUCAGUAACUAUAACAGUGUAAGCUCCCUAACGCAAACAAGUCUCAGACUAUUCAAAACUUUGUUCUUAACACCUAUUUGAAUUCAGUGCCCAAUUAACAUUUCUGAGAAUUGAUGCAUGCUAAUGUCCUUGUUUAAAGAUCCAAACUAUCAGUAAGAUCCUGAUGCUUACAAUAUUCCUUUUCUGAGAUCUUCCAGGGAGACCACAGAAAACUGGAUUUGAUAUUCUAGAUUUGAGGCAAAAAUAAAUAGAAAAAACCUGGAAACCCUUCAGCCCUUUAUGGAUCAAAAAGGCUGAAGAUCACCAGUUUGAAAAAUCUUUUACAGGCCAACUUUAAAAUCAGUGCCUCUAAUUCCUUCUCUGACAUAUGAGUUACAAGUUUAUGAUAAACUUGUUUGUUUUAGUCUAAAGUCCUGAUAUGCACACAGUAAGUUAUAUCUUGAAAAUGACAAUAAAUAUAUGUUGCUGGCACAUCA